UUCAACUUUUCUAAGCUUUUCGCCCUUCGCGUUUGGUAUUCGCCACUUUGCCCGCUGCGUUUUAUAAAUCUAUCUUUAUUAUUGUUCAGUUAGCUACAUAAAUUGCAACUAUAUAUCGUCUCGCGGAUUCACGUCGCGAGUGAUGCAUAGUGUUCAUUCCACUUCAUCUCAGAAACGAAAAUACACUCGUUCAAAUUCAGUGUUUUCUAACAUGUGAUUACAAAUGUAAAUAAUUAAUUGAAAUUAUCGCACAAAAUGGACGUGAAAGGUUGUAAUCGUGGGUGUAAUGUGUGAUUACUUUAUUCCUGUUGUGUUUUCUUGGUUUUUGUGAGUGUGAAAGUGUAUUUUUUCGAAGGAUUUUGACGUUCUCCCGUUGGGUUUCGCUGCCAAAAAUACAUAAAUCGGUGGCAAAACUACUGAAUUACGUCAAACAAAAUGGUGCAGAAGAAACUAAAUCGAGGAAAAAGCAAAAACUGAAUGAAGAGGAGGGUUAAAGCUCAUAAUGACCUAGUUUGUGAUAAUACAUAGCCAACCAAUUCAAAUAUAGGCCUAUUUUACUAUUAGAAAAACUUUAAAAAUCCCGCGUUCCUGUAGUCAUAGAGUCAAUUAGAAACCAAAGCAACUCAUUAGGUCAUAAUCAAUAGAAAAUUUGAGAAAAAAGCAAAUCUAUAUUUUCGAACCAAAGCUAGUCUUUUAAGCAUGUCGAAUCAAAUACCUAUAUAUAGCCAGGUUGUUCCAAAAUCUCAGUAUAGGGCAAAGAAUUCGAAAGUCAGUAAAAGUCAGAAUCCGCAAAGGAAUGAUUUUGAUCCUCUGAAUUUUAACAACGGUGGCAAUUUCGCUAUGAGUACUCCUCUUGAUGGGAAGGAAAAGGAGAAGAAGGAGGAUAAGCCGCGGAGGGUUAAGGAGGAUUCGGGGAGGACGAGGAGGGUGAGGAAUGAAGGCAGCGAGGGUAAAGUGGAGGCGUAUCUGAGGCAGUACCAGGUCAGCAUGAGACAGCAGCAGCAUAGACAUUCUGCUGUUAGGCAAGCUGAGCAUCGGGUUAAUCUCAGAUCACUGCCUCUAAACGACGUGGCGACCGCUCGUGGCCAUGAUCGAACACCAACUGACCGCCAUCGAGGCUUUCCCGAGAGGGACCGGGAGGGCAGAGAGGGAUCCAGGGAGCAUCGCCGCGAAAGGGACCGGGAUAGGGAACGGGAUAGAGAUCCUUUUGAUUUUGAUGGUACACCACUAAGUCCGAUAGCAUCCCGAGCCCACGACAAAGACUCCCGCCCAGUCCGCAAGUCCUCAUCAGCUCACAAGGUCACGGAGACCAGCAUAUCGACCGACAAGAGGCGCUUCUUCUGCAGGGAGUGGGCUUUCCAGAAGAUAGCUCAUUGCUUAGAGCAGAGGCCUGUUAGCAAGACCUGUGGCGCUCUUAUAUUGGGUGACGCAGGCAGUGGUAAGACAGCCCUCUGUCAGGAACUGAGUGAGCCUGGUCAGGGUCCGCAGGCGAGGCAGCAGAGAGCCCUCAACAGGAGACUGCUGGCUAGACACUUUUUGCAGAGUCACACGGAGAGCAGCCUAAGACCCGGUGAAUUUGUCCGCACGCUAGCUAUGCAAAUACUCAGUCAUUCUUCGCGAAGACCGAGAGCUGAUAACUCUGACCUGUCGCCCAGGGAUCCUGAUACUCCUCAUAGUUAUAGACGUAAUUCCGAAGAGGAGAGGCUGAUAAACCGGUUUCGUGAGCUGGGUGAUGAUACUGAGGAGAGCUCCAAACCACUGCUAGCUGAUAGCGAAGACCAGCGCACGGAUGACGAGGACACGUCGGCGCGGCGGCCGCGCACCAUACAGCGGAUUCAUGAGAAAGAGGACUACAAGGAUCUACAUGCUGACGCCCCGCUCACUACGUUAGACGAUUUGCCAGAAAUCUUGCCAAGAUCAUCAGUGAAGCCGACGAACCCGUUCGUGUCGGACGAGAAGGACGAUCUGCGACUUUACGAGAAUCACGAGAACUUGUUCCUGAGGAAUAUCUCGCAGCGACAGUCCAAGGAGUUGCGGAAUUCUAGGUUACUCCGCCAAUCCUCCGAGCCGCUCUCCGAGAAGAAAGGCCACGUGCUACAGAAGAGUUUGUCUACCGAACAGAAGAAUGAUAGCUCCGGUGAUGAUAAGAAGGUGGAGAACAGUCCGCCCAAGUCUAGGAUACCUGUCGCUAAUUUUAGGUACCCCAACAAAAGUGAUUUACGUUCAGCCGAGAAUUCCCCCGUCAAAAAGCCAGAGCGACCACCUUCUCCCAAAGAAGAGUUGCCAGAGUACCAGAAUAUCCUCAAAGCUGAGUCAGAAGAGAUAGAGAAGAUAGAGAAAGUGCAGAAGAAAGAAGAAGAUGUGCCACCGCCGAUACCUAGUCUCCCGAUCAGUCCUAGGACUCUGAUAGCGAAUGCGUACUAUGAUAAGCUUCUGUCUGAGCCUGAAAUUCAGCAGGCGCUGUUGCCCCAGAAUUUGGAGAAGAAUCCAGACGAAUGCUUCAAGAAGGCUCUGCUGUUCCCGCUGCUGGAGAUAGACCCGCCCAAACAGUGUCUGUUCCUACUGGUCGAUGCUAUUGAUGAAGGAGUAGUAGGAGACGAAUGCUUCAAGAAGGCUCUGCUGUUCCUGCUGCUGGAGAUAGACCCGCCCAAACAGUGUCUGUUCCUACUGGUCGAUGCUAUUGAUGAAGGAGUAGUAGGAGACGAAUGCUUCAAGAAGGCUCUGCUGUUCCCGCUGCUGGAGAUAGACCCGCCCAAACAUUUGUCUGGAUAUAUAUUGUAUCUACUUGAGAAGAAUCCAGAAGAAUGCUUCAAGAAGGCUCUGCUGUUCCCGCUGCUGGAGAUAGACCCGCCCAAACAGUGUCUGUUCCUACUGGUCGAUGCUAUUGAUGAAGGAGUAGUAGGAGGUAUUUGCGAAGAUCGAGAAGGCACAGAAGGCUCUACAAGCGUCGCCAGCCUCCUCUCCCGUCACCAGCACCUGUUCCCGCAGUGGCUGCUGCUCGUCUGCACUGCUAGGAAGCACUGCAGGGUGUUCACCAGGAUGUUCACAGGUUUCCGCAAGAUAACUUUGGACGAGUUGCAGAGAGCUCACGUAUCGGCUGAUGUUCAGAGAUAUGUACUAGCUCGGUUGGAUACAGAACCUAGAUUACGAGCGCGAGUAUCGAGCGAUUCGACAGCAGCGGCGGCGGCUGCAGCUGCACUCGAUCAUUUACGAAUCAAAAGCGAUGGUUGCCUACUGUAUUUAGAGAAGGUGCUAGAUGGCGUAGCGGACGGUUUCAUAGCUCUGCGUGAAAUUCGCGAGAUCCCCGGCACUCUAAAUGGACUGUAUCUAUGGUUGGCUCAGAGAUUGUUCCAUGGACGGAGGUUUACUAAGGUCCGUUUACUACUAGAUGUCCUACUAGCGGCGCGAUGCGGCGUCACAGAGGAGAUGCUAUACAAGUGUCUGCUCACUAAAGAGUAUAGCGUUACAAGGGAAGAUUUUAAUAGACGACUACAUUUGUUGAGGAGGAUUCUAGUAAUGGAGCGUUCAACCGGCUUCCUAUCGAUGUUCCACCACUCCUUCGCCAAGUGGCUGGUGGACGUCAAGCAUUGUACCAGACGUUACCUGUGCUGUCCCACUGACGGACACGCUGCCAUCGCCAUGUAUUAUACUCUCGAUGCUAAGAGAUUAAGCGCUUUGGAGAUUCAUAACUACGUGUUUCAUAUGACCAGCUUAGAACAGCAUAUGGCUUCGCAGAAGAAACCUAAAAAUAUAGAACAAAAAGAAGAUGAGUUAGACCUGCAUACUUUAAUACUCCUCUGGGUGCUGGACUCCGGAUGUGAUGUGGAGUCAGCUCUCAGGAGGGAGAGUGAUACUCAGAAACAGUUGCACAGUGAAGAAACGCAGAAACAAGACGUGAAGGCUGAAGCUGUAGACGGUGACCCUGAAUCUGAAAGCAAGGAUUCCAUAUCAGCAGACCCAACGGCACUCGAAGCCAUAAUGCCGGAGCUCAUAGCCGGUGAGAGCACUACUCACUGGCCGAGAGACCGACGCGUGCUGCGGGCUCUGCUGGAGCUGAGUCGAGCUGACUCCGUGCCUCCUGAAGCUGAGCAACAGGAGAUGAUGGUGAACCAGCCAUUAGAGAACGAGGAUGACACCACUGCUGCCAAAGAACAGGAUGAGGAAAUACCAUUGGAUCCUAACACCGUACAUGAGCUAGCUGCGAAAGGUGACGAGGAGACCCUGGCUGCGCUGUUGAAGCGUUACCCCGGGCUAGUAGACGCAACAGACGCUACAGGCGGCACGGCGUUACACGCGGCGGCUCGCGGCGGCCGCGCCCACGCCGCCGCACUGCUGCUGCGAGCCGGCGCCCGCCCCGACGCUGCCGAUGCUGACGGCUGGAGCCCGCUCAGGGCUGCGGCCUGGGCUGGACAUACUGAGGUUGUGGAAGUUCUACUGGAAUUCGGCUGUGACGUAGAUUGCGUAGACGCAGAUAACAGAACUGCUUUAAGAGCGGCAGCCUGGUCAGGCCACGAGGCCGUGGUCUCCCGUCUCCUAGCCGCCGGGGCCGACCCCGACAAGGCGGACGCGGAAGGCCGGACCCCCCUCAUAGCGGCCGCGUACAUGGGCCAUGCGGACAUCGUGAGGGCCCUGCUAGAUGCUGGCGCUGAGAUCGAUCAUGCUGAUGAUGAUGGUCGCACAGCGCUCUCAGUAGCCUCUCUCUGCGCGAGUGGCUGCGCUUGCGCCGCGCUGCUACUGGAGCGAGGGGCGGACGUCUCGCGAGCUGAUCGCGACAGAGCCACGCCGCUGUUGGUAGCUGCUUUUGAGGGCCAUACCGAGAUCUGCGAGCUGCUCUUGGAGGCAGAGGCGGACCCGGAGGCGGGCGACGCGGCGGGCCGGACGGCGCUGUGGGCCGCCGCCGCCGCCGGCCACGCGCGGGCGCUGCGCCUGCUGCUGUUCUGGGGCGCCUGCGUCGACAACAUGGACGCUGACGGACGCACUGUGCUGAGCGUGGCGGCGGCACAAGGUAACGUCGAAGUAGUGAGACAGUUGUUAGACCGGGGGCUGGAUGAACAUCAUAGAGAUAAUUCCGGAUGGACGCCGCUACAUUAUGCUGCUUUUGAAGGCCACAUAGAAGUCUGCGAAGCUUUACUAGAAGCCGGCGCGAAAGUCGACGAAGCCGACAACGACGGCAAAGGACCCCUCAUGCUAGCUGCCCAGGAAGGUCACCACAAGCUGGUGGAAAUCCUCAUAGACCAGUGGGAUGCGAGGGUGGAACAGCGAGCUCAUGAUGGGAAGACGGCUUUCAGACUAGCAGCACUAGAAGGCCACAUAGAGACAGUAGCAGCCCUGUACGCGCGGGGCGCGGUAGUGGACGCGUUGGACGCGGACCGGCGCAGCACCCUGUACGUGCUGGCGCUCGACAACCGCCUGCCCAUGGCGCGGUACCUGCUCACGCAGUGCCGGGCGCAGGCGGAUACUACUGAUAGCGAGGGCCGAACACCUUUGCACGUGUCAGCGUGGCAGGGACAUACGGAUAUGGUCAACCUACUGAUCAAAGUUGGCGGUGCAGCAGUAGACGGCAGAGACAGAUGCCGUAGAACGGCCCUCCAUGCGGCAGCCUGGAGGGGCCGCGUCAACGUGCUGCGAGCCUUACUCGACCAGGGAGCCGAUCCCGCGGCUGUGUGUACUCAAGGCGCUACACCACUGGGUAUCGCGGCUCAAGAAGGACAUGAAGAAUGUGUGUUGUGGCUUCUACAGCAUGGAGCCGAUCCAUUGCAAGCUGAUCAUUGCGGCCGUACUCCAGCUAAGGUGGCGUGGCGAGCUGGUCACGCGAACAUCUGCCGGCUGCUGGAGCGAUGGGCGGCACCUUCAGCCCCCGCAGCCGACCUGCAGCCGCGCCCGCCCAGCGCCGGUUCACCAGAAUACAAGCGUCGCAGCGUCCACAGCUCGAACUCGACCAAAUCCUCGUCCAACAUGACCGCCGGCUCCGCACGCUCGCACUCGCACCACGACCCGCCUGACACUAUUGCUGAGAAGCCAAACCGCGCAAAUCUAUCGCUAUCGUUCGCCCAGCAAGUGGCGCGGUGCGGACGCGGUCGCCGAGACAUUCCCGAGCACUCAGACAUACCAGAGCAUCACGUCGUCGAGAAAGACUCCAAGCUGAGAAGCUACCUAGCCAACGAACGCGACGCGGAACUAGUAACCUGGUCAGGAGCCGGCCGCCGCUCCAACUGGCGCGGUGACUGUUCUCCCCUCUACGCCAGCCCGCCUCGCACUCCCGUCAGUGAUAUCACAUCCCCAACGCUUCCGUCACUGCCUACUGCGGUGUUACAGCCAGUCCUGACAGAUACGCAUUUCAAUAGGGAUACCCAUAUGAGGAUUAUUUUGGGAAGGGAUAGUAAGCCGCCUCAAGAUCGGAGUGAAAGCGAGGUGUGGAAAGCGAUGGGUCGCGUAGCGUACAACAGGCUUGUGGGCAGUUUCGGCCGCGCUAGAGGCCGAAUAUUUAAACACAAGAGUAAGAGGAACGGCAUCGUCACAAAUCCAGCGAUGCGAUUGGUCGCGAACGUCAGAAAUGGACUUGACAGCGCAGCCGCCAACAUACGCAGAACGGGCGUAGCCCUAGCAGCGAGCGCUAGCUCCGCGAACCCGGCCGUGAAAACCAACGCUUUUCAAUGGAGAAAAGAAACUCCACUAUAAACACGAAAACAUGAAAAAACUACGGCAUAAAGUUCAAAAAACCUUCGACAAGGUAACUGGGUUAAUUUUCUCGUUUAAAAAAUUCAAGGUCACCUUUCAAGGUCAAGGUCAGAUUUUCAAGGUCAAUGUGAUUUGAAGGUCAGGUGUAACGAGUAUUGUUUAAUUAAGCUUUUUGGUUUGAAAAGUUUGAUUUUGUUUAUAGAUUGCCAGUUUGAAAAAGGUUGUUUUUUAGUGAUGUGGCAAUAUUGAGUUUAUUGAUGCUUGUGUUUAUAUAUUCGAUAUUUUUAGAGGCCUACUCGAAUAUUUAGCAUCGAUUUAAAAUGUCUGUCUGUCUGUUUUAGAGGAUAAAAAUUAAAAUUUAACGAUUUGAAGGAAUUAUAGUUUCUUAAAAAACUUCCACAGUUUCGAUAAAUCCUAAAACAGACAGACACACAUCUUACUUUUGUCUAUAUACCUAAGAAAAUGUACAUAUAGGUACAUAAUGUAAAGUUCAUGAUUAUUAUUACAACUAAAGGCAAUAUAUAAAAAAUAACAUGUAUUAUAGAAAGUUUAAUUAUUGGAAAAAAGUAACGUUUAUAGAAAUAAAUGACGCAUAUAAACAUAUAUUUUUAAUAAUACAGGAAAUAGUAUUUUUUUUGUUUUUGUUUGAAAUGUCUUGAUUUCAACUCCAGGACGGCAAACUUAUAUGACAAGAACUGUAUAUUCAUAUUUUCUUUAUGUGGGCCUAAAACACACACAAAUCAAUGUAUUUCAUAUAACAGUACUAUAUACUCAUAAUGACGUAUAUCAAUUCUAAUUUUCUGUGUACGUAAUCUAUAUCUAUACGUAUAAAUAAAAGAGAAAAAAAUUUUUUUUGUUCGUUCUACAUUUCUAAACGAUAAUUUGACUUUGACAGUUAAUGCGAUGCUAUAAUACGAUUUAUUUGAAUAAAAAAAUAAUAAAACAAUUCUAAGAAGGAUUUUCUUUGGGUAUUUGACUGUAUUUUUCGUUAAAUAUCGUUUUGUGAAUUACAUGAAUUGCAAUAAGUUUUUGUAGAAAUAUAGAGUUUUCCUUUUAGAAGCCUUUAAGUUAUUCUGAUAUUUAUAUAUCAAUAAAUAUUUUAUUAUUUCAGCCGUUUGUGCGUGAAGAAAACAAAUGUAUUUCGUAUUCAUUAAAAAAUCAGUCAACUACCCAAAACCUUCGCAAUUGCUAAAAAAUAUCUAGUCUUUAGGUGCUGGUAAAGCUAUAAAAAAUUAUAUCUAUAGCAUCGCAUAGCUUUCAAUACUAUAAAUACUUUACUUUUUAACCGACUUCCAAAGGAGGAGGUUCUCAAUUAGACCGCGUAUUUUUUUACUAUUUACUAAUAUUAUAUCAGUAUUAUUAACACAUUAAAAUGUAUUGGCUAAAUUAUUUAGGUUUUUUGCAUUUUUUUAUUCGAUAAAUCAAAAACAGUACAAUUAUUUUGUAUGUCCGUGUAUCGUAAUAUGAAGUGUGAAAAAAGUAAUCAUUUGGUACAUUUUUAUUGCUAGUACUGAAGAUUGCAAAUUAAAUACUGUAUUUCUGAAAAGCCAAGAGAUCAACUUCCCGCACCCGGAUAAAAAGUCAUCACGAUAUGCUAUAUUUGUGCCAAAUUACACCUCAUUUCGUUCAGCUGUUACUACAUGAUUGCUAAACAAAUAUACAAAUUUUCUUCUUUUUAUUAUUAGUAGCAUCAGCAAUAGAAAUGUACCUACAAAGUGUCUGAUCUCAAAACGAACAAACUUUUAUAUAAAAAUAGAUAUCAAUUAGUUAUUUUCAGCGCAUUUAUUCAUUUGUAAAUAUAUUUUGUUUAUAUACUAGUCUAUAUUUGUGUGGUUAAGUAUGGAAAAAAAGAUAUAACACCCAGACUCCAUUAAAACGCAGUGGAGAAGUUUUAAACUCAUCAUCUGGCUAGCCUUUUCCCAACUUUGUUGUGGUCGGCUUCCAGUCUAACCGGAUGCAGCUGAGUACCAGUGUGCCACAAGGAGCGACUGCCUAUCUGACUCGCUCAAGCCAGUUACCCGGGACACAAGAUAUAUCCUUGGAUUAAGACUGGUUGUCAGACUUACUGGCUUCUGACUACCCGUAACGUCUUACCAAGAAGUGUCAUGUUACCCGGGUAACUGGGUUGAGGCGAUCAGAUAGGGCAGUCGCUCCUUGUAAAGCACUGGUACUCAGCUGUAUCUGGUUAGACUGGAAGCCGAUCUCAACAUAGUUGGGAAAAGGCUAGGCAAAUGGUGAUGGCUAUUAUUUUUGUAUAUUGUUUUUCAAAUCCAUUUUGAGCACAUCAACCGAUAAUUACAUGAUAAUUUUUGCGUUAAAUAAUAAACUGAUGUAUACCUUCUAAACUACGAACAAAAGUGCUGAACCGAAAGACGUACAAUUGUUAGAAAACGAUAGCUCAGGGAAUCGGACAAAAUUAUUCCUAGCAAUAAUUUGUCAUGAUUAAAACUGUAGAUAUUAUUACAUAUAUGUAAUAAAAAUACCUAUUUAUGUAUGUGUAAAUGUAAAAUAAUAUCGAUCGAUAUAAGUGUAACUAAAUGAAUUUAGGUUAUUUUACUUAUGUAUAUUUCUUGAAUACUCAAACGUUAUUUAAAAUUUUGUGGCGUUUCAGAAUGAGCUAUUAACCAAACUAUUCCCCAUAAGUUUAAUCUCCUUAUUUUAAAUAAAAAAAAAAAACAAAAAUUUUUUUCAAAGUCAAAGUUUAAGUCAAAGUAGAACUUUUUAAUAUAAAAAUAAGAUUUGACAUAAAAAAAAUCAAAAUCAUUCUGUGAGACAACUUAAUAUAACCUAUGUAUAAGUAAAAUAACCUAAAUAAACAAAAAAUAAAGAAUUGUACGUAAGUGUUGCCAUCAAGUUUAUUUCUUUUUAAAACCUCUCAAUAAAUAAUUAAAACCGGGGUACCGAAUUUCAAAGAAAAAUUGCAUUUUUGGUAUGGAAUGACAGAACUGUCAACAGCACCAGAAAACAGUCAAAUAAUAUAUUUUAAUUCGCCAUUUUGAACACAAUUCUGGCAACACUGAAACUCGAUUGAAAACGAUUACGAUUGUGACUAGGUAUCGAUUUAGUUGUAUUUAUUUUUUGUAAAAUUGGAAAAUAAAUAUUGUAACUAAAAGUCGUUUUGUGGUUAUAUAAUGGUCAUUUUUGUGUUUGAUAUACUAGUUGUGCCAUCAUGCCUGCUUUGUACCAAUACAUUUAAUUUAUUUGUAGAGAAAAUUUAGGAGAUGGUGAUUUUAUUUAUUAUUUUAUUCAAGUAAAAAGAAAGCGAAGGCUUCUGAUCUCAUGUAGCACGAAUUUGCGAAACUGUUAAAAAGGGUUCUUUCAAAUUAAACUUAUCGUGUCAACGCGAAAAACAAUUGGACGCCCAAGUGUGUUAUGAAAAAAUACAAAUUCAAACGUUGUAAAUUAUUUCAUAAAAGUAAAAGAAAAACAAUAUCAAAUUCAUAUAUGACCAUUAUUAUAACUUGUAAAUUAGGCAGCGAUUAGAAAAAUAAUGAUUAAUUGAAAAAAAAACUACAAUUAAUAGAAAUAAAUAAAAAAAUCUCAAUGGUAGUUGUGUUAGGGUUUUGGAAUUAUUAGGUAAUUAAUAAAAUUAAUUAAUUUCAGUGAAAUAUUUUACAUGUACUUUAUGCACAUGCUACUUCAAUCUGUAAAAUUAUCAAAAUCAAAGGUCAUUUAUUCAAAGUAGGCUGAAAAUCAGCAUAUUUUGAAGGUCAAAUUCACAAAAGAGCCCCCAAAACGCCCGCCCUUCACCACUUCCUAUGUGUUUUUUCUGGGAAGAAGAAGUGGCGCAACAAACUCCCCAGCAACACAUGUCUGUCUGUAUGGUUUGAAGAACCGGUUCUAUACAAAAUAUAAAAACAUUAUAUAAAAUUGUAUAUUCCGAAUCAAUAUUGAACCUUAUGCUCUAAAGAUAAAGUUCAAAAUUCAUUAAAAACAUGACAGAUUGUAGUAGCUUGAUGUGCAAAAUGUACAUGUUUUUAUAUUUCACUAAAACAAGUGUAUCUGUGAGGCUGAGUCGAAAUUAUUAUGUAACCCACAUAUUUUUUUAAAAGUAUCUUAAAAUGUGAAUUUAUCGUUAUUUUCUGUCUCUUAAUUCAUUUAUUCAAAGGUUACAUUUUUAAGGUCAAUAUAAAAUUUUUCUCAAGGUCAAGGCCAGCUAUAGCAAAAGAUUUAAAGGUUAAAAUUUUCAAGGUCAAAGGUCAAGAACAAAUUUUCUCAAGGUCAAGUUAAUUUAGCAAAUAUUGACUUGAAUAUUCAAUUUAUUUUUAUUUUGAACCUAUUGACCAAUGUGUAAGAACACUACAGGUGAGUUGCACUAUUUAACUAUAACGAAAACCAAACCAUAACCAGCCGUAUACUUGCCGCUUAUUGGUCACAUCGGCGAUUUGACAACUGAAAAUGGUUCGGUCAUCGUUAUAGUUAAAUGGUGCAAUACAAUAUAAUUUUAAAUACAAAAAAAUAUGUGGGGGCAUAAAAUCAAGAAACUGUAUUAAUAUUAUUAUUUUCGCUGUGUCAUAUUCGAGGCUAAAAUGUUUAAAAUCUAUGUUAAAACCAAGUUGCAACUAUUGUAUUAAUUAUUAUGAAAAAAUAAUUAUUUUAUUAACAGUGAUAAUAUCUGUGUAUAUGUUUUGUUCGUGUCUGUCUAUACUAAUAUUAUAAAGCUGAAACACCUUAUUAUAAAACGUGGUUUUAAGAAGUACCCGCUUUAGUAAUAGCUUUGGUCCUCUGAUUUUGUUCGGGACGGUGGUUUAAAGGUGGUACAAAAGCUGGUACUUUUUUCAAACCACGUUUUAUAAUAAGGUGGGAAGAGUUUGUUUGUUUGACUGCGCUAAUCUUAAAAACUACAAGUCUGAUUUGUAAAAUGAUUUCAGUAUUAGAUAGCCCAUUUGUCGAGGAAGAAAUAUAGAUUGCUAGCUUCCGCCAACAAUUUCACUCGGGUCCUAAUGGGAUAAAAAUUUGCUUAUAGCCUUCCUCGAUAAAUGGGCUAUUUAACACUGAAAGAAUUUUUCAAAUCGAUCGAGUACAUUUCAAAGAUUGGCGCGUUCAAACUAACUCUUCAGCUUUAUAAUAUUAGUAUAGAUUCUAUAACCAGAUGCAAACAAUUUCUUCAUUGAUGAUAACGAAUGAAAAAAUAAAUAACAAUUCUUGCUAUUAUUCAAGUCAGUAAUUUAGUUUUGGUAGCGUCAUUGAGUUUUGAUGGAGAAACUUUUUCAUAGUUUUUUAACCGACUUCACAAAAAGGAGGUUCUCAAUUUCCAUUACUUUUGAUAACUUUACUUAAAAGACGAAAUAAAGUCCUAUGUGUAUUUAAUACAGAAAUCAUAACAUAUUUCAGUUACCUACAUAUAUCUGUUGAUAUUUGCUUAUUAUAGAAAUAGGAAUUUGACGUUUAUUGUAUGCAAAUUCUAUAUCUAGUAAGCAAACCAAUUGAUAUAUAAUUUAUAGAGGUAGGAAAUCCAAAGGGUCCGAAAGUACUGAACCGAUUUGAAAAAUUCUUUCACUGUUGGAAAGCCAUACUCUUCCCGAGUAACAUAGGCUAUAUUUUAUCCCGGUACGGGCAGUAGUUCCCACGGGACACGGAUAAAACCGCGAGAAAACAUCUAGCUACUUAUAUAAAAAGAUUUCUCCAUCAAAAAUAUUGGCAUAGUAUUAGAGCUUUGUAAAAACUUAGCAAUAUUUAUUUAUUAGACAAACGUGUGAGUUUACAAUGUGAUCUAAGUAUAUUAAGUGCGUGUGUAGACGCCAAUUCCUGAACAAUAUAAUGAAAUAUAUAUAAUUUCUCUUA